GCGGGAGCCCGCGGCAUUUAGGCCGGUGUUGGCCGGCGAGCGCGCGUGCGCGAGCGCGCAAAGACGCCCUCCUCGGCCGCUCCCCUCCACUGGGGGUCUAGCGCACAGCUCAGCUGUCCCCGCCUCUCCCGAGGCUCGCGCCCUCGGGUUUGCUGCCGCCUAGGGCGAGACUACAGUUCCCAAGAGGCUUCGCGCGAAGCGGCUUGGAAGUGGGCAGCCUGGAAGUCACUCGGGCCACCCGAGCUGGCGGCGUCUCCAGCGAACGGCGCGGGGCCGGACGCCGCGGUCGUGGGGCCCGCGGGGCGGGCAGCCGGGACGCCCAGGUGGAAAGAUGGCUGCUUUUGCAGGUGCGGGCUGCCCCCAGAUGCCCUGACCACCACCUCCACCUCCUGAAAUGUUCACAAGCUGCCCCUGCCCUGCAGCACUUGGGAGCACUGCUGGCCCUUGGGCAGAGGGGUGAAACCAAAUGCCCAGUCUCUGACCUCGGCUCUCCUGGGACCCUCAAGGAGCACUAGUGUCCAGAACAUACAGAGGCAUGGCAGGGAGGACAGCCCAGCAGCCUGCUGACCCGCACCCACAUCUGCUGCCUGCUCUGUCCUGCUGAGCCACUCAUACUGGAAACCCCAGGACCGCACCUGCCUCCUGAGGUUGUCCUGGCUCAGUUGUCCACAGCGAUGGUGGAGAACUGGACUCCACAGGCUCACAACCUUCCCGUCAGGCUUCAGGGGCCAGCAUCCUUCAUCCUGGGACUGGUGGUCCUGAACAAUGGCUGAGGGCCAGGGGACCCCAUAAAGUCACUCCACAGCUCACGGGGGCCAGUAGCACUCCAGUGCCCGUGGACUAUGACCACCUAUCGGCCCAUCCCCAGUGAUGGUGUGGACCUGGCAGCCAGUUGUGGGGCCAGGGGGGCCGACCUCCUCCCGGGGCCACACACUGGGGACUACGCUCCCAUGGGAUUCUGGGUCCAGAACGGAGGCAUGCCCCAGCCCAUCGGUGAGAGCCCAGUCAGUGCCGCCACCCGCCCCAGUCCCACCACCCCUGCAGUGCCCAAGAUGGGGGUGCGCGCAAGAGUGGCCGACUGGCCGCCCAAGCGGGAGGCGCUGAGAGAGCAGAACAACCCAAGCCCCUCACAGGACGCAGACGGCGCGAAGGCCGCAAAGGUGGCCCAUUCCAUGAGGAGCAUGCCGAACGGACAGCCCCCCGUCAGCGCCGUGGCUCCCUCGGGGCCCAAAGCCUUCCCCCGACUCUCCAGGAGGAGGUCCAAAGACGUGGAAUUCCAGGACGGGUGGCCCCGGUCCCCUGGCAGGGCCUUCCUCCCCCUGCGGCACCGCAGCAGCAGCGAGAUCACCCUGAGCGAGUGCGACGUGGAGGACGCGGGCGAGCCUCGGGGGCCCCGGCACGCGGCGGCCCUGCCCCUCUUCCGGGAGUACGGGAGCACGUCCUCCAUCGACGUGCAGGGCCUGCCCGAGCAGAGCUUCUUCGACCUUCUCAACGAGUUCCGCAGCGAGCAGCCCGAGGCCGCGGGCGCCCGGAACCUCCGCGCGCUGCUCCCCGCCGCCCCCGGCGCCCACGUCCCGGGGGGCAGCGGCGGCGCCAAGGCGGACCCCCGCAACGGCCAGCCCGCCAAGGACAGCCUGCUGGGGCUCCAGCCCGCCAAGGAGAAGGAGAAGGCCCGGAAGAAGCCGGCGCGCGGCCUGGGCGGCGGGGACGCCACGGACUCGUCCAUCUUUCGGAAGCUGAGGAGCGGGAGGGCGGACGGCGAGGCGGGCCGGGCGCCGGGGGAGGCCGAGGAGGGCCGGAGCCCCCCGGAGGCCGGCCGCCCGUGGGUCUGCCAGAAGAGCUUCGCCCACUUCGACGUGCAGAGCAUGCUGUUCGACCUCAACGAGGCGGCCGCCAACAGGGUGGCCACGGCGCAGCGGCGCAACACCACCACGGGCGCCUCGGCCGCGUCCGCCACGGCGGCCCUCUCGGCGUCGCGGGCGCACGGCCUGGGCGGCCUGGACGCCGCCUUCCCCAGCACGGAGGACCUGAACUGCAAGGAGAACCUGGAGCAGGACCUGGGCGACGACAACAGCAACGACCUGCUGCUCAGCUGCCCGCACUUCCGCAACGAGAUCGGCGGCGAGUGCGAGCGCAACGUGAGCUUCUCGCGGGCGGCCGUGGGCUCCCCGGGCGGCGGCGGCGGCGGCGGCGGCGGCGAGGGCCGCGCCGCCGAGCCCGCGCUCAGCGCCCACCGCACCAACGCCAGCAUCUCGGUGCUGGAGGUGCCCAAGGAGCAGCAGAGGACGCAGAGCCGCCCGCGGCAGUACAGCAUCGAGCACGUGGACCUGGGCGCCCGCUACUACCAGGACCACUUCGUGGGCAGAGAACAUGCCAAUUACUUUGGUGUAGACGAGAAGCUGGGGCCAGUGGCGGUGAGCAUCAAGCGGGAGAAGUUGGAGGACCACAAGGAUCAUGGGCCGCAGUACCAGUACAGGAUCAUCUUCCGGACCCGCGAGCUCAUCACCCUGCGGGGCUCUAUCCUGGAGGACGCCACCCCCACCGCGACGAAGCACGGGACAGGGCGGGGCCUACCCCUGAAGGACGCCCUGGAGUAUGUCAUCCCUGAGCUCAACAUCCACUGCCUGCGGCUGGCUCUCAACACUCCCAAGGUGACCGAGCAGCUGCUGAAGCUCGACGAGCAAGGGCUGUGCCGGAAGCACAAAGUGGGCAUCCUCUACUGCAAGGCCGGCCAGAGCUCGGAGGAGGAGAUGUACAACAACGAGGAGGCCGGCCCCGCCUUCGAGGAGUUCCUUGCCCUGAUCGGGGAGAAGGUCUGCCUGAAGGGCUUCACCAAGUACGCCGCCCAGCUGGAUGUCAAGACUGACUCCACGGGCACCCACUCCCUCUACACGACAUACCAGGACUACGAGAUCAUGUUCCACGUCUCCACCCUGCUCCCUUACACCCCCAACAACAGGCAGCAGCUACUAAGGAAGAGGCACAUAGGAAACGACAUUGUGACGAUCAUCUUCCAGGAGCCAGGGGCGCUGCCUUUCACCCCCAAGAACAUCCGCUCACACUUUCAGCACGUCUUCAUCAUCGUCCGAGCCCACAACCCUUGCACUGAUAAUGUGUGCUACAGUAUGGCUGUGACCCGAUCCAAAGAUGCUCCUCCUUUUGGUCCCCCAAUCCCCAGUGGAACCACAUUCCGCAAGUCUGAUGUCUUCAGAGACUUCUUGCUGGCCAAGGUGAUUAAUGCCGAGAACGCUGCGCACAAGUCGGACAAAUUCCACACCAUGGCCACCAGGACCCGCCAGGAGUACCUCAAGGACCUGGCUGAAAACUGUGUCUCUAACACACCCAUUGACUCCACUGGCAAGUUCAACCUCAUCUCCCUGACCUCCAAGAAGAAAGAGAAGACAAAAGCGCGGGCGGGCGCUGAGCAGCAUAGCGCAGGGGCCAUUGCCUGGAGGGUGGCGGCUCAGGACUAUGCCCAGGGCGUAGAAAUCGACUGCAUUUUGGGGAUUUCCAACGAGUUUGUGGUGCUCUUGGACCUGCGCACCAAGGAGGUGGUAUUCAACUGCUACUGCGGGGAUGUCAUUGGCUGGACCCCAGACUCCUCGACGCUCAAAAUCUUCUACGGGCGAGGGGACCACAUCUUCCUGCAGGCCACAGAGGGCUCCGUGGAGGACAUAAGGGAAAUCGUCCAGAGACUGAAGGUCAUGACCAAUGGCUGGGAGACGGUGGACAUGACCCUGCGGCGGAACGGGCUCGGGCAGCUGGGCUUCCACGUGAAGUACGACGGGACGGUGGCCGAGGUAGAGGACUACGGGUUUGCCUGGCAAGCCGGCCUCCGGCAAGGCAGCCGACUGGUGGAGAUCUGCAAGGUGGCCGUGGUCACACUGACCCACGAUCAGAUGAUAGACCUCCUGCGCACCUCUGUCACCGUCAAGGUGGUCAUCAUCCCGCCUUUCGACGAUGGCACGCCCCGGAGGGGGUGGCUGGAGACCUACGACAUGAAUACCUCGGAGCCCAAGACGGAGCCAGAGAGCAUGCCUCCCGGGGGCCGGCCCCCAUACCGCAGCAACGUGCCCUGGCAGUGGAGCGGGCCUGCCUCCCACAACUCUCUACCAGCCUCCAAGUGGGCCAACCCCAGUGCUCCCGGCCAUGCCCAGUCCCUGAGCCGGCCCCCAAAGCAGACCCCCAUGGUCCCCUUCCGGGAGCCCCAGCCCCUGCACAGCAAGAGGCCCGUCAGCUUCCCGGAAACCCCUUACACAGCAUCACCAGCAGGGGCCGACAAAGUCCCUCCCUACCGACAGCCUUCUGGGAGCUUCUCCACCCCCGGCUCGGCCACCUACACAAGAUACAAGCCAUCCCCAGAAAGGUAUGCAGCCGCCCCACACCCACUGCUGUCUUUUGAUCCCCACUUCAGCCAUGAUGGGAUGUCCAGCGACUCCUCCUCGGGCGGCCUGACCAGCCAGGAGAGCACCAUGGAGCGUCAGAAGCCAGAGCCUUUGUGGCAUGUGCCUGCCCAGGCCCGGCUCUCAGCCAUGGCUGGAAGCGGUGGGAGCAAGCACGCCUCCAGGCAGGACGCGGCAGGAACAGAUUCCCCCAACAGGCAUUCCAAAGGGGAGCCUCCGUACUCCAGUCACUCCAGCAGCAACACCCUCUCCAGCAACGCAUCCAGCAACCACAGCGACGACCGCUGGCUGGACCCCCUGGACCCCCUGGAGCCGGAGCAAGACCCCCUCUCCAAGGGUGGCUCCAGUGACAGUGGCAUUGACACCACCCUCUACACCUCCAGCCCCAGCUGCGUGUCGCUGGCCAAGGUGCCUCGGCAGGCCAAGCCACACAAGCCCCCGGGAAGCAUGGGCCUCUGUGGGGGCGGACGGGAGGCCGCUGGGCGGUCCCACCAUGCGGACAGACGGCGGGAGGUCUCGCCGGCCCCCGCAGUUCCUGGCCAGACCAAGGGCUACCGCCCGAAGUUGUACUCCUCAGGCUCCAGCACCCCAACGGGCCUGGCAGGGGGGAGCCGCGACCCGCCCAGGCAGCCUAGUGACGUGAGCUCGCGGGCUGGUUACCCCGCUCAGGUUUACAAAACUGCCAGCACAGAGACUCCUCGACCCUCACAGCUGGCGCAGUCCAGCCCCUUCCAGCUCUCCGCCUCUGUCCCCAAGUCCUUCUUCUCCAAGCAGCCCGUACACAGUAAGCACCCGGCGGGAUGGAAGAGGACAGAUGAGCCCCCGCCACGGCCGCUCCCCUUCACCGACCCAAAGAAGCAGGUGGACACCAAUACAAAAAACGUCUUCGGGCAGCCACGGUUGAGGGCAUCCCUCCGAGACCUCCGCUCCCCACGGAAGAACUACAAAUCCACCAUUGAGGACGACCUGAAGAAACUCAUCAUCAUGGACAACCUGGCGCCCGAACAGGAGAGAGAUGCGGGGUCACCGCAGAAGAGCCUGCAGCGGACACUGUCCGAUGAGAGUCUGUGCAGUGGGCGGCGGGAGCCCAGCUUGGCCAACCCCGCCAGCCUGGAGCCGGGCCUGCCCAGCGACGUGCUCUUCACCAGCACCUGCGCCUUCCCCUCCAGCACGCUGCCCGCCCGCCGCCAGCACCCCCACCCGCCCGGCGGCGGCAGUCCCACCACUGGCCCUGCCGCCGGCAGCGGCUUCCCGGAGAAGAAGUGUGAGCACGGGCGCACUGGGGCCAGUGGGGGGCUUCGCCAGGGUUGGGGGGCGGGCAGACAGACCACACUGGAGGUCACCAGUGGUGGUGUCAGCCGAGCCACCAUCUCUGCCUCGGAGCUCUCGCUGGCGGACGGGCGGGACCGGCCGCUGCGGCGCCUUGACCCCGGGAUGAUGCCCCUGCCUGACACGGCUGCUGGCCUUGAGUGGUCCAGCCUGGUGAAUGCAGCCAAGGCCUAUGAAGCAGUGCAAAGAGCCGUCUCGCUUUUCUCUCUCAACGACCCAGCUCUGAGCCCGGAGGUCCCACCUGCACACAGUCCUGUCCACAGCCACCUGAGCCUGGAGAGGGGGCCCCCCACCCCCAGGACCACCCCUACCAUGAGCGAGGAGCCUCCCCUGGACCUGACAGGCAAGGUGUACCAGCUGGAGGUGAUGCUGAAACAGCUGCACACCGACCUCCAGAAGGAGAAGCAGGACAAGGCCGUGCUGCAGUCCGAGGUGGCCAGCCUGCGACAGAAUAACCAGCGCUUGCAGGAGGAGUCGCAGGCCGCCAGCGAGCAGCUGCGCAAGUUCGCCGAGAUCUUCUGCAGGGAGAAGAAGGAGCUCUGACGUGGCCCCCUGGCCGGGCCGGCUGUGGGCUCCCGCCCUCCCAUCUCCCUCAGCUCGCUGCCCGGUUGCGGGUGUGACCGAGAUGACGCAGCCAGGGCCCCACUGCCCUCCUCGUGGACACAGAGACCCUGGACGGCAGCAGGCCUCACCGCUCCUCCGGCCCCACAAGGUGACCCGGUCUCAGGCCGCCCCUCUGAACUGCCAAGCUCUGGCCCCUGGACACUGGACCGCGCCCACCCCGGCCCCCCGGGGAUGGCCCCUCUAGCCUCUUCCUAGGACCAAGCCAUCAGAAGCCAUAGGAAGAGGAGAAGGGAGGACCAGAGUGUGUCUCCAAACCCCACAGCUCCGGGAGUUCACAAACCAGGUUUCUUCACGGCGUACAACAGAGUUUGGGCUUGUGGGGUCAAGCCCCCUGCAUGAGAAAUGAGUGUGAGACUGGCCUGAGCUUCCCCCAGGCCCCAGAGAGCGGAGGUCCUGUGCGGACACGGGUCGGGGCUCCAGAAAGCACGGACGUGACCCCCUUCCAACCGUAUUCUUCCAAAAAGCCACCAGGAGCACUUUCUUAGAGUUUCAGUUCUUUUCUUGGGACCCCAGGAUGGAGAGAGGAAGCCCCAGCAUCCAGAGUCAGCUUCUCUGAGGGGAAACUCUAUUUGCACACUCGGGACCGUUUCUGCAGUCUUUUCUGUCAGCCCCUCGACCGACCGCCAGAGGCCUACAGCGCCUGGGCCGCUCCACCACCUUCCAUCUCCCGCGCAGGCCUGGGCCGUAGGGCCCAUCUCUCCUCCCCAGCCCCGCCAGUAACAACCACACGGCCAGGGCCUCUUCCGGGCACCUGGAGGGGCUCCACGCAGCCCUCGGGUCAGGGCUGGAGAGAAAACAGCCUUCGGCUCCUCUCUGGUUUUGUUCUUCCUUCGCAAGCGGACGUCCGGACACCCUCACUGUGCUCCCCGGGGAGGCAGGAGGGCUUUGCCGUGUGAACCCCCACGGGACGCUGGUUCUCUCAAGGCAAUAAGGGGCAGCUUGCCAGUCGGCCAGGCCAGAGCGGUACUACGCUGUUCACCCAGGAAACAGAGUUUCUUUUUUUUUCCUUUAAAAACAAAAAAGAGAUAUAUAUAUAUAUUUAUUUUUUCAUGUAGAGUUGCGCCAGAACAAGUCUGUAUGGCCACAAUCUGUGGAUUCCCCCCAACCUCAAGCUGAGGAUCAAGGGGUGUCCCCCACGGGCUGGGACUCAGUGGGAGGACUCCCGAGGGAUGCAGUCAGGGGGAACAGGCCACUGGACUUCCCCGUUUGGGGAGGCCCCAGGCAGGGGGAGUUGGCCCCGCUGCAGGCAGCACUCUCUGGGCUGGAAGCCAGCACCAGGUGGCCCAGCCCUGGUGCAGAGACCCCACCGCUUUCUCUUUGGGGCCAGAAACCUCAGGGAAGGGGGCUGUGGGGACCGCAAGGGACACAGGCACUCGGAGGGGUGCCAGGCUGGGCCAGCAGGGGCAAGAGGAAAGGGCACGCUUGUCUCCCUGCGAUCCACCUCUGACCCCAGGAGCGAGGCAGUCGGGCAGAAGCCCUCAGACCUGCCGUCUCUGUCCCUCACCCUCACCCUCACCCUCAGCCGUGGAGUGAGAGGGCCUCAAGGUGGGGCCCGCUUGGUCCUCAGCCCUGGCCAACUACUGUGAUGUCUCUGCCCCCUGUCCCACCCCCUUUUUGGAAGGGCUGUCCAGAACCCGCCCCACCGCCCUUUCCUCAGACCCUAACCUGGAGGCUGCCCCCUCCCCCGCUCUUUUUUUAAGUUCUCCUCACAUCUUCGGAUCAUUCGAAUCAUUUUGGGGACCUAAUCAUGUACAUUGACAAGUGUAAAUUAUGAUUUUUUUUUUUUGGUUUUGUUUUCUGUUAUUUUUUUUUAAGGAUCUCUGCAAAAGAAAUCUAUUUAAUUUGAGGUUGGUGUUUUAUCUGAAGGCUUGAAGAUAGCAGGGGUUUUUUUUUUCAUAUGUUGAUCUGUUUCAUUUGGAUUUUUUAUUCUUUAUUGUCUUUUUUUUUUUUUUCCCCUAUCCCGGUCUUGAGAUUUUUCUGGCAUGUUUCUGGAGGUUUCAAAGGAAAUAAAUGUUUCAUAGAAA